GAAGGCCCUGGCGCUGCUCUGCGACGAGCACCUCGCCCAGAGCCCGCUGAGCGCCCUGUGCCUCUCGGCCGUGGCGGCGGCCAGAGCGGGGCACGCCGAGGGGCCCGCCCCCGAGGGCGAGCCCCGCUGGGGCCGGGCCUUUGCCCAUCGCCUGCGGGGCUCCUCGCAGCUGCUGGGCCUUCUCCGGGACCCGCGCGCUGCCGCGGGCCCAAGAGGGCCGGUCGACGACGAGGGCCUGCUGGGCGACGUCGCGGAGGCCGCCGCCGUGGCCCUCGAGUGGCGCGCCCGGCUGUGCCGCUCGCUGGAGGUGUGGGACGUCCUGCUCUGCACGCUGCAGCCAACGGCGCGCCACGAGUUGCGGGUGAGGAGGAUGUGGAAGCUCCUGUCGGCAGUCUGGCCGCGGCAGACUACGGCCUCCUCUGCCGCAGCCGACUCGGAUGAUCCGGGGAGCAGCGGCAUCGACAGGCUGGUAGACAUCUGCCUCCGGAAGCUCGACCGGAAGAACCGCGCCAUUGACGCCGGCGAGUUGCAGCGUAUGUUCGAGCUUCUGCUCCCCGCGAGCUCAACGCUCGAGGAGUCGCUGCAGGCGGAGUUGAGGGCGCUCGUUUCGUCUGGGCGUGGGGAGGAUGACCUGUGCAGCGGUGUCCAGUCUUGGGUCCAGGCGGUGAAGGCUUGGCACUGGCAGCCUCUCGGCGGCCUGGCCGGGCGGCUCUUCCUGGAAGGGCUCACCCUGUCGCCCGCCGCCAUGGGCGCGGUCGAGAGGCGGCUCUCGCACAAGGCCGCGGAGACCGAGGUGCUGGCGCUCGCGCGGGGGCCCCUGCUCCAGAAGUUGGACGACGCCUCCCUGGUGUCCCGGCUGCUCGAGAGCGUGCCAGGCCGAAUAGUUGAGCUCGCGGAGCUGUUUGCAGAGUUCUGCCAGCACGCCGCGGGGUCGCGAGGCGGCGUCGGCGACGGCGCCACCAAGGAGAGCAGGUUCGGCCAGGCGAUCAUGCAGCUCCACAUGCAGGGGCUGCACGCCCCCCUCAGGAGCAGCGGCCAGCAGCGCAGGCAGAAGAGGGCGUUCGCUGGCUGGCGGACUCGAAGGAGGGUGUUCGGGCGUGUCUGGGUGAAGGCCGCCACGCAGACCCGCAUCACGGAGUUCUUCCACAAGGCGCACGAGGAGGUGGCCGAGCAGAGCGUGGCAGCUCGGAUGGCGGAUGGGCCCGACAGGGCGAGGCACUUUGUUUCCCCGAUCUGCGUGGACCCUGGGGACGCCAAGAAGAUCGUGGACUCGAAGGAGCCACCGUGGGCGAUGAUGGCGUUGCGGAAGGGCCCGGCGGCACGGGGACAUGCGAGCACGCUGAGGGACAAGAGGGGUGCGGACGAGCCGGCGAAUGUACAUUCGGAGAAGAGGCAGAGAAGGGCGAAGAUCUUCAUGGCAUGAGCCACGAGGGCGGCCCCAUCGGCCGAUUUGGUUCUCUUCAGGUCCUCCCCCGCCGCCUAGUUCUUUGCCCCACCUCCGCGAGCUCCGUCCUGAUGGAGCUGACGGGCCGGCGGUCAGGGGCCGCAUGUUUUUUGUCAUCCUCGCGCAUUGCUCCCGCGCGGGUUGGGAGCAAUCGCUGCGCGUUAGCGGUGCGUUAGCUGCGCGUUCGGGGAGGGAGCACUGCAGCGCAGUGGGCGUGAAAAGGAA